CCCCCGCGCAGCUCCCGGCGUCCUUCAGUUUCCGUUCCCGCGGGGCCCGGCCGUGGGGUUGCCAGUUGCUGGAGCUUUCAGCGCAUGGCAGCCGUCGCUUGCGGGUUAACCUUGCGGUCCUGGAGCCUGCAGGGCAAUCGUGGCGGGGUAGCAGCCCUAGAGCCGGGCCAAGCGCGGGCAGAGCCAGAUUUUGGGAGCCUGGUUGACAGUUAUGGAUGCAGCUCCUACCUGGAGACCUGGAGCCUUGACCGGGAACUCUGAGAUAUGCUUUUCCUUUGGAGUCAUAGCAGAUAUUCAGUAUGCUGAUCUAGAGGAUGGUUAUAACUUCUGGGGGUCCCGGAGGAGAUACUACAGACACAGCCUUCACCUUCUCCAGAGCGCAGUUGAUGAGUGGAAUAAAGAAGACAGUCAACUUGAAUUUGUACUGCAGCUUGGGGAUAUUAUUGAUGGUUUUAAUGCCCAACAUAAAACAUCAGAAAGUGCUCUGAGAAGAGUUAUGAACAAGUUUAAAAAGCUUAGAGCCCCAAUCCAUCACACAUGGGGAAAUCAUGAAUUAUACAACUUUACUAGAGACUAUUUAACAAAAUCUGAACUUAACAGCAAGUCUUUAGAAGACCAGAUCUUCCUUGGCUCUGCUGCCAGAGACCAGGACUGUCCUGGAGACACUGCUGAAGAACAUUACUAUGCUUAUCAUUUUAGCCCAGUCCCAAAAUUUCGGUUCAUUUUACUUGAUGCUUAUGAUUUAAGUAUCCUUGGGAGGGAUAAAUCGACCCAAAAAUAUCAGGAUUCUUUGAAGCUGCUGAAGGAGAAAAACCCAAAUGAGAAUCUGAAUAGUCCCAUAGGACUUGCUGAACCCCAAUUUGUAGAGUUCAAUGGAGGAUUUAGCCAAGCACAGCUGGAUUGGUUCAAUGAGGUUCUUACAUUCUCUGACACUAAUCAAGAGAAAGUUGUGGUUGUGGGUCACAUUCCUGUUCAUCCAGGUUCUACAGGGAGUGUUUGCCUUGCUUGGAAUUAUAAAGAUGCCCUUUCCGUCAUCCAUUCUCAUCAGUGUGUGGUGUGCUUUCUCGCAGGGCACCUCCAUGAUGGUGGUUAUUAUUUAGAUUCUCACAGAGUCCACCAUCUUACUUUGGAAGGGAUUGUUGAAACUCCACCACAGAGCCAGGCCUUUGGAACGAUAUAUGUCUACGAUGAUAAACUGGUAUUAAAGGGAAGAGGUAGAAUUCCAGACAAAGUAAUGUAUUACACAAAGCAUUAGGAUAGCUGUAAAUACAAUUGUGCGUGAUCCAGACAGUGCUCCAGAAAUUUGUUAGUUUAAUAAAUAACAGCUGACCAUUGCAGCCAUGGUGUUUCUGUUUAUAGAAAAUCUGCACAAUUAUGCUUACAGCUUCAAGCCUGAUAAAUAGAGCCUCAAUGCUGCCACCUUCGCCUCUCAGAGAGGUUCUCUUAGAACCUUUACUUCUACAAGAAGCAAGAAACAAGGUCUAGCUUCCUGCUGUAGGGCAGGGAAGGGACAGCCAACAACGCAACUCAGUCUGAAAUAAAUGCAACUUGAUUUGGACAACUUCUGCUUGAAAGAGUUAAGGGUGAACAAUUUGUUAUUUAUUGUGGCACAAAAGGCACCAACAGCGUUAAAGGGUAUGUGAUAACACUAACAAGGAGUUAUUAGUGCAUCUUUAUUCGUCACACUGUGUUAUGAAAUGCAAAUCUUAUCCCCAUCAGGUGUGAUUCAGCUUCUUUUCAAACACUAACAUUGAUGAUAUUCUUCAGCCUGCCAGUAGUUUGCUUCCUGAAAUCAGCAGAAAUUGUAGAUACUCUGCACCUCUAAAAACCAGAUUCCUUUGAAUGUUUUUGGCUUUUUGUCUAGGGAGUGGAUUUAUGAUUUUAUAGAUGAAAUGCUCAGGGACAUUAUCCCUGUCACCUCAGGAAAGGAUGCAGAAAUAAAAUUUCUAGUUGCCAUUAAUGACUACUUUUUGGAUCUGUUAGUCCUGUAACCCACAAGGGGAAAGGCAAGUCUUGAUUAAGUCCUAAGUGGAGCACAGGGUCUGCUCCAAGAUGGGAAUAUAACUGAACCGCUGAGUAAUAGCGGCCAUAAUGUAAUUAAAUUUGACAUCCUUGUAGGGGGAGUAUACAAAAGAAAUUCAUAGUAGCAUCUAUCUUCAAAAAGGGGAACUACACAGAAAUGAGAAAGCUAGGUAAACAGAAAUUAAAAGGAAUAGUCACAACAGUGAAAUGCCUGCAAGCCACAUUGAAAUUAUUUAAAAUACUGUAUAGAUGUUCAAACUAAAUAUAUACCCCCAAAUAAAAAAAUAAAACAGUAAGAUAUGCCACCAUGGCUUAACAGCAAAGUAAAAGAGGCAGUUACAGGCCAUAAGACAUCCUUUAAAAAUUGGAAGUGAAAUCCUACUGAGGAAAAGAGGAGCAUAAACUCUGGCAAGUCUAGUGUAAGUGUAAUUAGACAGCCCCCAAAAAAAUUUGAAGACCUGCUAGCAAAGGCAGUACAUCAGAUGCAGGAAGCCUGCCAAACAAUCAGUGGGGCCACUGGACAAUCACGGUAUUAAAGGAACAUUCAAGUAAGAGAAGGCCAUUGAGGAAAAUCUAAUGAAUUCUUUGCAUCAGCCUUCACUGCAGAGAAUGUGAGGGAGAUUCCCACAUGAGUCAUUCUUUUUAUGUGACAAAUCCCACAUUGAGGUGUCAGUAGGGAAGGUUUUGGAACAAAUUAAAUUAAACAGUAAUAAGUUACCAGGGUCAGAUGAUAUUCAUCCAAGAGUUCUGAAAGAACUCAAAUAUGAAAUUGCAGAACAGCUACUGGGCAGGUAGUUUUUGAGUGGGGUGAAACCUGGGGGUAUGGAAGACAAAUCAGACUCCUGAAAUGGGUACAGUAGGCUGAAAAGGUUGAGAGCCACUGUCUUAAAUUACAGUUGUGCCCAAAAGUCCUAAUCAGGGUUUGGACAGCCUAUUGUUAGAUUCUGACAGUGUUGGUGGGUUGUCUUGCAAAUGUGUUAAUUAAAAUACGAGAGAACCAAUAUUUACUUAGAGUAUGAACACAGUUUUAUUGAAUAAUUCUGUAGUUAGGAGGGUCUGCGUAUCAUUCAUAUACUUAAUUAUUUUAAACAAUAAAUGCAUAUAUAUAUAUAUAGUCCAUGAGCAUUUUCUCAAAAAGUCAGUACAAUAAGCUAAAUAUAUUGGAGUGGGGGGACUUUCAAAACAAAAAUCAAAAUUAUACUUGUACUUUGAAGCUGUUCAUCCCAUCACCCCAUUAGGCAGGUGGUGUUUAGCAUGAUGAUGGCACUUUCUUCUAGAAGGAUUUUUGCUUGAAGUCCUCUGAUAGGUCUCACCUGCUCUAUUCAUAAAGUAGGACUGUACUUUAAACCAAUGGUUGUGGUAAAUUAAGACUAAUGGAGAGCUUAAAUUAUUUUUGAUAGCUGGUAUGGGUAAAAAUAUUAAGUUAAUGUUUUGUUUAGUUUGAGUUAAAACCUGAUUAAAAAUCAGUAGUGGUCAAAAGCACCCUUUUUCAUUUGUUAUAAAGGCCACUAUUAAGAGUACUGCUUCAUACUGAUAAGUAAAAUAAGCUAUUACUUUGAUUUAUUUUGUCUGUGAUGCAGAAUGCUUCUAGCAAUUGGCUUCUCUGGUGCACUGUGCCCACCCACCCUGUCUAAAUUUGAUGCAAGAUCACAUGUAUCCUAUGCCUUCACAGCCUGCUUCUGUGCCAUCUCAUUUCCACCCAUACCAAUUAUAAAAAUUGUUGAACAAGA